CGUCGGCCGAGCCAGACGUGCCGACGGUCAGGCGGAGGCGGUGCGGCGCCGGCCUCCGUCCCGCACCAUGGCGAUCGCCAACGAUGACGACAUGGAGGCGUUCUUCAGCGACGUGGUGCGGUACCGACCGCAGGAGCUCGACCAGCUCACCAGCGCCACCAAGUUCAGCCGGCGAGAGAUACAGCACAUCUAUCGCGGCUUCAAACAGGAGUGUCCCCUAGGCACGGUGGAUGAAGACAGAUUCAAGCACCUAUUCUCGCAGUUCUUUCCAUUUGGAGACGCGACGAAAUACGCUCAAUUCGUUUUUGGCACUUUCUGCCCACGAGGAAGCAACAUCAUCAAUUUUGAGGAGUUCCUCUCGUCGCUGUCGCUGGUGGCGCGCGGCUCGCUCCAGGACAAGAUCGCCUGGAUCUUCUCGCUGUACGACAUCGACCACGACGGCCUCAUCACCAAGCGCGAGAUGACCGAGGUGGUGGGCGCCAUCUACGAGCUGCUCGGCGCCUCCACCGACCCCGCGCUGGACGCCGGCGCCGUCGAGCGACACGUUGACGCCGUCUUCGAGCUGAUCGACACCAACGGCGACGGCGUCAUCACCCUGGACGAGAUGGAACAGUGGUGCACGCGGGACGAAGGGUACACCAAGUCACUAGACAUGCUGAACACGGUGUGGUGAUGGCCGCGAGCCGCACGAGAGUCGCCUCCCGCCAGGCUGACGGCGUCCCCACCUGUCCGCGGAGCCGGCGCCGGCCGGUCCCCCAGACGGCGAGGGUCGAGGAGCCCCUCCCCCGCAGGCUCACGAACAAACCCUUCACCUCGCUCCCACGGGUCUCAGCCCCGACGCGGCUGCAUUUUAGCGGGCCGCCGCGUCCCAGCGACGCCGCAAUAAUUGGCCGCCGACGCCGGGGCGCGCGCUGGGCGUCGGGCGAGGCGCUGGCGGUGCGGAAGGCCAGCCUGCCGAGAGCUGUUCCAGCCGGCGCCCUCCGCUGCACCACUCAGCCUGAGGUGUCCUGGCUAGCCGUGCGGCCGCAUUUCCGAGUGCCGGUGAAGGGUCCUCUGCCCGCAGGUCGACAAGGCCGCACAGGAUGACUAUGUCGUUUGAAGCGCGAUGAAUAAUACGCAACAUAAACAGUUUAACAUGUGUUGAAUGAAAACAAGCUUCUUGUUGUCGGCAUGUUGACUGCAUGUCGGCUUCCCCGAGCUAGGCCGACCAAUAGAAGAUGCCGUUGAUUAGGAUGACAGUAGAUCAAUACGGUCAAUCUGGCAGCAUGCGACUGGCGGCAUUUACGCAUAAGACUGAAGGAUGGCGACAGGAGACAAAACUAGGCUAUUAUUAGCUCUUCAACCACUGCUGGAUUGCCGCCCUCUUGGCACGUUUGGCACAGACACUUGACGCCGAUCGGUUUUGAUGGCCGAGGACAGAGCGUGCGGAUAUCGCCACCUGGACGUGACCAAUCCGGUCACAUCGGGCGUAUCAAGGUGCCCGACCUCGUCUCCCCACAGGAUCGGCUCCCGUUGAUAGCGCAGGCCUGCAGCCAGCGGCGUUACCGCUACAGGCCGCGUCCACCAUUGGUGUUCUUUAUCCUCGUACUCGCCUAGCGCUGAAGGUUUUCACUGAGGUCAUGCUAGACUAGCCAGUGUUGGAUCGCCGGGAACCUGCCCCGGUGUCGGCCAUCGAUCUAGUGGACCUAGGACCCCUCCAUUUACCAGUUUUCAGCUCCGUCUGAUGCGUGUCGCGUACCUCGUUCGUGUCCCCAUGAGCCGGCACGCGUAGUGCCAACUUCCUGGCCGGGCACGGCCGGUGGCUCACGAGAUCGACUGGCGGCGGCGGGCGGCGGAGCGAGCGUGCGCGGCGGGGCCCAGCGGAUCACCCCACCCCGGACUAGAAGCCAGCCCCAUUACGUCCGGUGAUGGUCUCCCUCUCGCUCCCCCCCACCAGCGUGGCCCGGUCUGCCGGCGGCGGCCGCUCCCUGUCCCCGUCGCGGGCCCAUUGACCUGUCACGGCCUACCGUGAUCAUUAGCAGGGACCUGCUGUUACUUCUGUGUUACUCUGUGGCGAUGCCGCACUCUACCCUUCCGCGACAGAUGUUGUUACCUGUCAUUGAGCUUAACUAAAUAAAUCCAGUUCAUUCG